UAAAACCCCGGUUUUGACAGCAUUACAAACAAUUUUGCACAAUAAUCGCCGAACCUUCAAACAUUUCUCUCAAACAAAGUGGAAUAAGAUUCUAAGUGAAAAUGUUCAGAAAUCAAUACGACAGUGAUGUCACCGUGUGGAGCCCCCAGGGUCGUCUUCACCAAGUGGAAUACGCCAUGGAAGCCGUAAAACUCGGUUCAGCAACGGUAGGGUUAAAAAACGCCACUCAUGCCGUCGUUAUUGCAUUGAAAAGAGCCUCUUCGGAGUUAGCGGCGUACCAGAAGAAAAUUAUACCCAUCGACACUCACAUUGGUGUGGCUAUUUCCGGUUUAACCGCAGACGCAAGAAUUUUAAGUCGUUACAUGCGUACAGAAUGUUUAAACCAUAAAUUUUCUCUAGACGAUUAUAUGCCUGUUAGUAGACUUAUUAACCAAUUAGGAAAUAAAAUGCAAGUUUGUACUCAAAGAUAUGAUCGAAGACCUUAUGGUGUUGGACUAUUAGUUGUUGGAUAUGAUGAACUUGGUCCCCACAUUUAUCAAACUUGUCCAUCUGCAAAUUUCUUUGAUUGCAAAGCAAUGGCAAUUGGAGCAAGAUCACAAAGUGCUAGAACUUACCUUGAAAAGCAUUUAGAUGGGUUACAAUCAACUAGUUUGGAAGAACUUGUUAAACAUGGUUUGAGAGCUUUAAGAGAUACCCUUCCUAAUGAAGUUGAAUUAACAACAAAGAAUGCUUCAAUUGGAUUAGUUGGGAAAGGGCAACCUUUUGUUAUUUUGGAUGAAGAACAAAUGGCUGCUUAUUUAAGAAUGAUUGAAGGUGAAGAACGUAGAGCUACAGGAGGUGGUGGGGGAGCUGAUGGACCAGCACCUCCAUUAAGAGAUGAUGCUGGUGAUCAAGAACCUGAAAGAGAACCUAUUCCUGCUGUUGCUAUGGAUACGGAAUAAGAUUUAACUGGAAAAUGAGGGGAAAUGAUUUAAUUAUUUUGUAACUUUUUAAUUCAUAAAAUAAAUUUAAAUUUAAACCAA